CGGCGGGAUUGGGCAAGUGCUGAGCUCUCGUUGCUGUCUCCCGGGUUGUAGCGGGGCUGGGAACCGUGGCGCUCGCACCAUGAGCGAGGCGGACGGGCUACGGCAGCGCCGGCCGCUGCGGCCACAGGUCGUCACGGACGAUGGCCAGGUCCCCGAGGCCAAGGACGGCAGCUCCUUUAGUGGCCGUGUGUUCCGAGUGACCUUCUUGAUGCUGGCUGUCUCCCUCACAGUUCCCCUGCUUGGAGCCUUGUUGCUGCUGGAUUCUCCCAUAGACCCACAGCCUCUCAGCUUCAAAGAACCCCCUCUCUUGCUUGGUGUUCUGCAACCAAAUAUGAAGUUACGACAGGCGGAAAGGCUAUUUGAAAAUCAACUUAUUGGGCCAGAGUCCAUAGCAAAUAUUGGGGAUGUGAUGUUUACUGGUACGGCAGAUGGCCGGAUCGUAAAACUUGAAAAUGGUGAAGUAGAGACCAUUGCCCGCUUUGGUUCAGGCCCAUGCAAAACCCGAGAUGAUGAGCCUGCUUGUGGGAGGCCCCUGGGCAUCCGAGCAGGGCCCAAUGGAACCCUUUUUGUGGCUGAUGCGUAUAAGGGACUAUUUGAAGUAAAUCCAUGGAAACGUGAGGUGAAGCUGCUGCUCUCCUCUGAGACACCAAUAGAGGGGAGGAAAAUGUCCUUUGUGAAUGAUCUUACAGUAACUCAGGAUGGGAGGAAGAUUUACUUUACAGAUUCUAGCAGCAAAUGGCAGAGACGAGAUUACCUGCUUCUGGUUAUGGAGGGAACAGAUGAUGGGCGCCUGCUAGAGUAUGACACCAAGACCCAGGAAGUGAAGGUUUUACUGGACCAGUUGCGGUUCCCCAACGGAGUGCAGCUUUCUCCUGCAGAGGAUUUUGUCCUGGUGGCCGAGACAACAAUGGCAAGGAUAAGAAGAUUCUACGUGUCUGGCCUGAUGAAGGGAGGGGCUGAUCUGUUCGUGGAGAACCUGCCUGGAUUUCCAGACAACAUCCGACCUAGCAGCUCUGGCGGGUACUGGGUCGGCAUGGGGACUAUUCGCUCCAAUCCUGGGUUUUCUAUGUUGGAUUUCUUAUCUGAGAGACCCUAUAUUAAAAGAAUGAUUUUUAAGCUGUUUAGUCAGGAGACUGUGAUGAAGUUUGUGCCACGGUACAGCCUUGUUCUAGAACUCAGCGACAGCGGGGCGUUCCGGAGAAGCUUGCACGAUCCCGACGGGCAGGUGGCCUCCUACAUCAGUGAAGUGCACGAGCAUGAUGGGCAUCUAUACCUGGGCUCCUUCAGGGCCCCCUUCCUCUGCAGACUCAACCUUCAGUCUGUUUAGCCAGCCUGACUGUGGCUGUGCCAGGAGUCCUCACACUGGGCACUACUCCUGUUCCAGGAGGUACCAUGCACACAGCCCUUUCCACCUGCACCUGCCAGUCCUUGGAAGUGGACAGUGAGACCCUGUGGAUGUCUGGGCCCCUGUGGGAUACCUCUCCCCUGGGUUUGACAUUGCAUUUAGAGGGAAGCAUAAUUUGCCAUAGGGAGGAUAAGUCCAUGUUAAACUAUUUUCUGUUAAAAAAAAAAAAAACCUUUCUAAGUACAGUGAUUCUCUAGGACUUAGGAGACUUCAUACACUUAUAACAGGUCUCAAGGUUUGGUGGAUAGAGUGUAGAUGAGCUGUCUAAGGAUCUUGUUUUUGCUACUGGCUGUCCUGCCAGCCUCAGUGUCUUUACUGUAAAAUGGGGUAAUACCUGUCUUUGGGGGAGGGGCAUGGGAAGGGCAAGGAGAGCUCAGUGCAAACAUGUGUUGAGGCCAGUGGGCGGAGCUAUGUAAGUAAAGACCUUAGAGCGAUAUUCUAACUCUAGAUGUAGAGUUGUGUGGGACUUGGGACCUUGAUCCUGGGUGUUCCCUUCCAUAGCUCACACCCUCCAGCCUGUCCCACUCUGAACCAGAGGCUUUUCAAGACUCCUGAGUCCCUAUAACCAUUUAAAGGCAAGGACCCGAGUAAAUGCAUAGAAGCAGCAGCUCAGGACUCCCUGGGCUCUUCUCUGUGAACAACUUACUACAUUGAUGGAAUGAUCCAGCAGCUGGGUACUGCAGGGGAGAAUUUAGGCAGGUCCUGUUUACAUACCUUUGCUCCUCACCACUAGGCCCACAGAUGAAUCGUGCACAUGCUAGUGCCAUUUGCUAGAGGGUCACAAGCCUGAAGUUGCUGUAUUUCCUGACAGGUAUGCCUGUACAUUGGUCCUAAUUUUGUCAGGGGAACCCAUGUAAUAAUGAUAAUUAAAUUGACUUUUCUGCUGGUUAAUCUUUUUUGAUGGUGUUGCCUGGGAGUUUUUCUCUAAUAUAAUUAUGUUAACAGGGACUGGAAUUUGAUUCCAUUGAGGGCUGAUAAGAGGAUCAUUUUGGUCAGGACCUUGUUUAGGGACAAGCAGUCCAUCUGGCUGGCUCAGGGCACAGGGCAGCCCCUCCAGCCAUUGCCUCCUGGCAGUGCUUUAUUCUUGGGCUUGUUGAUGUCAUACUGUGUUCCUGUUUCCAGCCUACAAAAUGGGCCUAAUAUCUGUUCCUUUCUGUCCUGUUUGUGAGAAUCCAUAGGAGAUCGUCUCUCUGGAAUUGUUUUAAGUAACUUAACAAAGGAAAUAUUUUCAAUAGGUAAUGAUAUUAAAAUUCAAAGAGGAUUGAUAGCUGUGGUAAAAUCUCAACCAUUUAUGUGGUGUUGCACUGGCUGGCACUAAUCCCUUUGUUCCCUUUCCCAACAGCGGCCACCCCCCUCCCAUGUGCUGGGCUGGCCUCAUUUUAGGCGAAACAGGCAGGAUCUGGUGGUUGGCUCAUCUGGUGUUACCUGUUCAGGGAUGGCUUUAUGUGCAGCAGCAGUAGCACAGGGUCAGAGAUUGGCUUCAGUCCAGUUGAUGCAAUGCAGAAUGUAUUAGGUGAAUGACUUAAUGUUAUUUAUAUUACUUUAUAGGAAAGAAAGUUGAGUAGUGAUUAUUAAAUACUUCUUAGUAGAUAAUGGUGCAUCCCAUACAUCAGCUGUACAGGAAAAGGGAAAGCCUGAUCAUUCUGCCAUAAAAAACAAUUUAAAUGUGAGGAGCAUAUAUAAGUUGACUUCUUGAUUGAGAACAGAGGGCUUUGGUUUUAGUGCUUACUUUUUAGCAGUGCAGAGAAGCUGGUAAAUUGCUUUCCAGAGUUUUCAGCAAAGGAGUCUUGAUUUUGACUCAGAUUUUGAUUUUCUGUCUCAAAGUGUCAUUUGCUGUGUUUUAUCUGGUAAUUUGCCAUGGUGAGGUACAAAAUAUAGCCUUGUUAGGUUUAAAUAUGUGGUGUGCUUUUGUUGUAAACAUGAAACAGAUUUGCACUAAUGUGAAUUACUAACAUGCUUUUAAAAUUAAAUUAAGUGAUUCAUUCA